AUGAGCCAGGUGACUGAAUUCAUUCUCAUGGGCCUCACAAACCGUCCUGAGCUCCAGGGCCCCCUCUUUCUCGUAUUUUUAUUUAAUUACAUGGCCAUCAUUGUGGGGAACCUGGGCCUGAUCAUCCUGACCAGUGUGGAUUCCCACCUCAAAACCCCCAUGUACUUCUUCCUCAGGCAUCUGGCAUUUGUUGACCUUGGCUAUUCCACAACUAUUGAGCCAAAAAUGCUAGUUGGAUUCAUAGAGGAGAAAAAUAUCAUUUCUUAUUAUGGAUGUGCAAUACAGCAAUUUUUUUUCUUGAUAUUUAUCACCAGUGCUUUAAUCCUGUCAGCCAUGGCCUAUGACUGCUAUGUUGCUAUCUGUAAAUCCCUCUAUUAUAUGAUCAUCAAGUCAGACAGGGCAUGUUGGCUCUUGGUAGUUGUCUCAUACCUCUAUAGCACCAUCGUGUCCAUGUUGGUCACAAUAAAGAUUUUUAAAUUAUCUUUCUGUAAAUCAAAUGUAAUAAGAUACUUCUACUGUGAUGGUCCUCCCCUACUGUUCAUUUCAUGCUCAGACACAAGUGAGAUUGAACUUAUCAUUACAAUCUUUUAUGUAUUUAAUUUUAUUUCUUCCCUCCUCCUCAUCCUUAUGUCUUACUUGUUCAUUCUUGUGACCAUCCUCAGAAUGAACUCUUCUGAGGGCAGGCACAAAGCCUUCUCCACAUUUGGCUCCCACUUCACAGGGGUGGUUAUAUUCUAUGGGACACUCCUCUUCAUGUACCUGCAACCCCAAUCUAGCCAUUCCUUUGAAACAGAUAAAAUAGCCUCUGUCUUUUACACUCUGGUCAUCCCUAUGCUCAACCCUUUAAUCUAUAGUCUGAGGAACAAAGAGGUGAAAGGUGCCUUGAGGAAGCUCUUUAAAAAAAUCAUGUAA